CGGUGACAGUGGGCUGUUGUCAGCUUGAGCGGAGCACCGUACAAUUAGUCUUCCAUCAAGGUCCAUCCAUCGGUUCUAACAAUAUCAGCAAGUUCCAGGGUUUUAUUUUUAUCCCAGCGUCCCAGCGGAGCAUCCAACAAUCAAAGAAGCGCCGCUAUGCCGGUUAUCGACACGAUCGGCACCAGAUUGGUUUCAUCAACGCAGUAAACACCCCGAACGGAGGUGUAACAUCCGAAUCUAGGCGAGGGUUUUGGACGGACCUUCCGCAAUAAACCUCUAACAAAUCAACCAAGCAACGGUGUGUGAAGAAGCGGACAAGCAGUUGGGAGUGAGAACCGGGCAUCCGGUGACAUCCAUCAAGAGACCGCCCUCCGUCAUCAAAUGGAUCGACGACAGACACCUCGUUGCAGUGGCGUAAUGUCGCGUUGGCUGUUACUGGCCAUUCUAGCGCUAACGCUCACCGUUUCGACCGCAUACAAAGUCGGCGUGGGUAGAGCAGACUGUACUGGACCGUCGGUGGAAAUCACGUUUAUGGGCUAUGCGCAGGUGACGCAACGUGGCACCGGAAUACAUUUGCGUCAGUAUGCGCGAUCGUUCGUAAUCGAGGACGAACCCGACAGACGGGUCGUGUUCGUCAGUGUGGACGCGGGCAUGAUGGGCCACGCGGUCAAGCGCGAUGUGCUGGCGGUGCUGCAGAAGAAGUACGGCCAGCUGUACACGCACGAAAAUGUCGUCAUCAGCGGUUCGCACACGCAUUCAACGCCGGGCGGCUUCCUGAUGUAUCUGCUGUACGAUCUGACGUCGCUCGGGUUCGUGCCGGAGACGUUCAACGCGCUCGUGCACGGCAUUGCGCAGAGCGUGAUCCGGGCGCACAACAACAUGGUCGAUGCGCGGAUCUACGUCGCGGAAACGGAGGUGCUGGAUGCGAACAUAAACCGCAGCCCGAGCGCGUACGAAAACAACCCGGAGGAGGAACGGGCCCAGUACCGGCACAACGUGGACAAGACGCUGGUGCAGCUGCAGUUUGUGCACGGUCGGGAUGGUACACCGUUCGGUGCGAUCAACUGGUACGCGGUGCAUCCCACCUCGAUGAACAACACGAACCGGCUCGUGUCGAGCGAUAACGUUGGGCUGGCGGCCGUACUGCUGGAGCAGGAGCGCAAUCCCGGUGCGCUGGUCGGGAAGGGCGAGUUUGUGGGCGCAUUCGCGUCGAGUAAUCUCGGCGAUUCGUCGCCGAACAUUGAGGGGCCGAAGUGUGAGAAGACGGGGCUGCCUUGCGACGUGCUGACGUCCUCGUGUCCGUCCGGUGCCGGUGCCUGCUUCGCGUCCGGGCCCGGUCGCGACAUGUUCGAGAGUACGGCAAUGAUUGCCGAUCGGUUGUAUCGGGCCGCGGCCGGGUUGCUCGGUACGGCCAACACCAAGGCGCGCGAAGUGACCGGCCCGAUCGGGUUCGUGCAUCAGUACAUCGAUAUGACGACGGCGGAAACGGUCCAUUUCGAUCGGGCCACGCGUACGAUGGCACGUGUGCGCGGCUGUCUGCCGGCGAUGGGAUACAGCUUUGCCGCCGGUACUACGGACGGGCCGGGUGCGUUCGACUUCCAGCAGGGCACGAUCACGGACAAUGUGCUGUGGAACGCGGUGCGCGACUUUAUCGCCGAACCGACGCAGGACGAUAAGGAGUGCCAGGCGCCGAAACCGAUCCUGCUGGCGACCGGGCGGGCUCGGUUCCCGUACGAUUGGCAGCCGAAGAUCGUGCCGACCCAGCUGCUGGUCGUGGGUGACUUUGCGAUGGCGGCCGUACCGGGCGAGUUCACGACGAUGGCGGGCCGUCGGUUGCGCACCGCAGUGGCCCGAGCGUCGGUGGCGGCCGGUGGCCGCGAUCUGCAGGUCGUUGUCGCCGGGCUCUCCAACAUGUACACCAGCUACAUCACCACGCCGGAGGAGUACGAAAUACAGCGGUACGAAGGGGCCUCCACGCUGUACGGACCGCACACGCUGACGCUGUAUCUGGAGCAGUACAAAAAGCUGAUCGGUGCGCUCGUGCGCAACGAGUCGGUACCGGCCGGACCAACGCCACCGUACGAGGACGACAAGCAGAUCUCACUCACGACCGGUGUCAUCUUCGAUUCGCACCCGCUCGGCAAAGACUUUGGCGAUGUGAAGGUACAGCCGGAACCGGUGUACGCCCACGGUACCACCGCCAGUGCCGUGUUUAUUGCGGGCAAUCCGCGCAACAAUCUAAUGCACGACAAAAGCUUCUUUACGGUCGAGCAGCAGCAGAUGGACGGCAACUGGAGUGUUAUCGCAACCGAUGCCAACUGGGAAACGAAAUUCCGCUGGGAACGGACCUCCACCAUACUAGGCUUUAGUGAUAUUGAAUUAAGCUGGAUGAUUGGACCCACCACACCGGAAGGAACGUACCGGAUCCGACACUUUGGCUACUACCGAUACAUCCUCGGCGGUGUUUACCCGUACGUGGGCGUUACAAAUACCUUCACCGUGGAGCAGUAGUGGUAGUGUACGUACACGGGCACAGAGAUUGUCGCCAUACUAGUAACGAAAUCGGUUGGAAGAUAAUCGAUAGGAAUGCAAAACAUUGAAAGCAAUUAGGCAAAACCGCAAUGACGUUAAAAUAUCGACACCCAGUGAAUGUUGUUUUCUUUCUUAAUUGCUAAGGUAAUUGAAGCGAACAAAAGUAGCGGCAGCAUUGAGUGAUGAGAAACAAAAAGUAAAGAAAACAUUCCAUACCUACUUUGUAACCAAAUAGACUAGUCACUGAAUAUUCGCGUUUAGCUAGAAAUUAUUCUUCGAUUUUGAAUUUUUAGAUUAAAACCAAUAC